CUGCAAGUUUCUGAUCUACAUCUGGCAUUUUGCCCAAUCCACCUUGCUGACAAGACAGAAUGGUGAAACCCGGGGUGCGAGAAGACAUUGUGCAAAGCGCGGUGCGCUUUCUGAAAGAUCCCAAAGUUCAAGAGUCCCCUCUCGCCAAACGAAUAGCCUUUCUCGAAACCAAGGGACUCAGUGCGGACGAAAUUGAGGAAGCUAUGAGCCGAACAUCGGGCUCUUCAUCUUCUGGCGCGACGUCAGCAGCAGUGGCCAACGGAGCUCCACCACUGCCACCGAGUGGUCCAGCUGGCUACGCCCAGUCUGGUGCCUAUCCAGUGGUCUAUAAUGCCGCUGGCUAUCCCCAGCCGGUAGCAUAUGGACCACCACAGGCAGUUGUACAGCCCUACACAUGGAAGGACUACACUCUUGGAGCUGUGGGCGCGAUCGGAGCCGGAUAUGGCGUAUAUACAUUGGCAAAGCGCUAUCUUCUGCCGCUCUUGAGUUUCCCCAGUGAAAAGUCACUGGAAGCCUCAAACGCGCAGAUCGCUUCACAACUUGAGUCCACGUCUUCAGUUUUGGAAGUGGUAAAAGAAGAGACUAGUGAAGUUAUGAAAGCAGUUGACGCACAGGCUGUCAAAGUGAGCAAGGCCUUGGAAGGCAUGGUGGAUACUUUGAAAGCUCUUCGUGAAAAAGAUGAGCGAAGAGAUAAGGAAUUGGAGGAACUAAAAGGCGAUAUUGACAGCAUUAGAGACAUGAUUCCCAAGAUGCUGGACAAGACCAAAGAAUCUCAAACCGCCGUCAUAUCCGAUCUGCAAACCGAAAUCAAAUCCCUGAAGAAUCUCCUCCUUAACCGUCGCCUACCUGUAUCUGCACCUACCCCGUCUACCUCAUUGCCUGGAACGAAUGACGGCUCGACAACACCCGUGACAGAGCCAGGUCCCUUUGCACGAGGGGGCCUGGUUAACAUCCCGAGUAAGCCUACCAUUCCUGCUUGGCAGCUGCAGCAGCAGGCAGAAGCAGCAGCAGCGGAUGCAACCCCUGCGGAAGGAUCGGCCGACAAAGGGAAGAAGCCAGAAGAGUAGGAAUAUGUGGGACAUUGAGAUCCUAUGACCCAUGACAGUUUGCCAGAAGGACUGCCACCACAAAAGUAUACACUGUAAAGGAUUUAUCGCACGCUUAAUAUAUUUUUCAUUUGAGCAAACAAAGGCAUUUGAGAGCAUCGAACAUCAAGUAAAUUACUUUAUAG